UACGGAUCAAAUACUGACAAAGUAUGCAUGAAGAAUUCAAUAAAGCACCCUACCGCAGACACAGAUAUUUAUUUCUUGAGAGAUGCUCCUCACUUAUUUAAGUGCAUUCGCAAUCAUAUCUUCAAUCACAAAGAUGUCCAAGCUUCCGGAAAAACAAUUAAUUCGGACCUACUGAAUUUAUUUAAACAUGAUACAGUAAGGUGUAGCACAGGCCUAAGUGUUGUUACGAAAUUGAAACCGGUUCAUCUUAACCCAAAUAGCUUUCAAAAAAUGAGCGUAAAGCUAGCUGUUCAAGUUCUUUCGAAUUCUGUGGCUGACGGACUAAAGCGCUAUCGCCUAGACAAAAAUGCAAAUUUAGCAAAUCAAUUCAAAAACUGUGAACCGCUAGAAAAUAUAGUAAGGCUCCUCAAUGACUCAUUUGAUGUGAUGAAUUCUCGCAGACCCAUAUAUGCAAUACGAAAAGGAAAUUGGAACGAGAGACGCGAGGUUUUAUCAAAAUUAUACCAAUGUCUAGAAGAAACAGAACUUGCCGCUUGUGGUCAAUUCACAGAAAGUGAACUACAAGAUGAAAUAUUGUUGACUGAUUCCUCAAUUGAUCAUGAAUUAUCUGGCAUCAGCUACGAAGCGGGAAAAGAAAUCAGAGUUAUCGACUUGGAAUGGUGCUCCUCAGCAGACGCAUUAAAUCUUACAGAUAUGAAAGAUGUCGACUCGAAUGAAGUGUAUGAACCAUUUUUAUCCACAACAACUAUGAAUGGAUUGAGAGUCACGAUUUUUAAUACCAUUGAUGUAGUCAAUCUUUUGCUGGACUCUGGAUAUAACUACGUAUUAACUGGGAAACUAAACCAAGACUGUAUUGAGAGGUUUUUUGGAAUUAUUCGUAUGAGCGGUAGGUGCGGUGACAAACUGACAGUGACAUCAUUUCUGGAGCUUUUCCGUUUGUUAACCCUGUAUUACCCUACUAAUCAAAUACUAAGCGGAAGCAACUGUGAUGAUGAAGAAAAAAACGUUGUACUAACAACAUACAGUUCAUGGGUCAAAUCUCGAUUCAAUCAAAACCAAAAACAAAUGAAGGAACGCAAGCAACAUCUUCGGGAUAUAGUUUUGAAAGGCAUCGAACGUGAGCUGACUAGUCAACGUGAGGUAGAUCCUAGUUCUGAAGAAAAUGUACCUGAAGAAAUCAAAGUCAACGUUUUGGACUCUGACAUCAUUUACUACAUAUGUGGAUACAUAGUCCAUGCAUUUAGAAAGAAAGGAAGGAGAACCAAUUCAACGUUUUGCAAAAAUUGUCUCUCAACUGUUGAUGUUAGCAUUGAUGACCUUCCCCACAACUUCACAGCAGCAAUGCUAACUAAUAUUAAAAAUCGUGGAAAGCUCAUGUUUAGUUCAUAUAAUUUGUUUAAUUUGCUAUGUGAAGUUAUCUAUUUUAAUUUUUACUACCCCAUUUCCCUAUCCGCGCUACACACCAUUCACCAUAAGGCGCAGGAUAACCCCUAGCGUUCGGAU